CAGUCUCCGCCCUUUCAGGUAGCGUGGAAGAUGGCGGCUGCGUGAGGGGAGCGGCGCUCCAUUGCCUGCCUUCUUCGCGACCCUUUUUCCGCCUCGUUUCCCGGUCGGGGACCCAUGAAGGCGGCGGCCGAGGCCUGAGGGGAGGCAGGAGCAGCGCCGGAAGGGAUGCGGCGGCGGCGGCGCUGCGGAUGGAGGCUCCGCGGGGACGGAGAGCGGCUGGGCCGCGCCCUGAGCCUCGGGGCGGCGCUCUGCUUCUGCCUGGCGCUGCGGCCCGGAGGCGGCGAGGCGGCCCCGCUCCCGCAGGCAGGGGAGGUGGAAGUCACUGAAGUUCCUUUCUCAUUGAUGAUAGUCUCUGCUUGUAGUCUUAUCAUCCUAGUACUACUACUUGUGAACUGUGUUUCCUGUUGUAAAGACCGAGAGAUAAACUUCAAGGAAUUUGAAGACAAUUUUGAUGAUGAAAUAGACUUCACACCACCUACAGAAGACACCCCAUCUGUUCAGUCUCCAGCAGAAGUGUUUACCCUUACAGUCCCAAAUGUUUCUUUGCCAGCUCCAACACAGUUCCCCCUUCCUACAGAAGCACUGAAAUCUCAAGUUGUCCGUCAGAACUUAAACUAUAUUCAAGAAAUUGGAAAUGGCUGGUUUGGAAAGGUUCUGCUUGGGGAAGUUUACACUGGCACCAGUGUGUCAAGAGUCGUUGUGAAUGAAUUAAAAGCAAGUGCUGGUCCCAAGGAGCAAGACCGUUUUUUGAGGCAUGGAGAGCCUUAUUUAAUUCUUCAACAUCCUAACAUCCUCCAAUGUACAGGGCAGUGUGUAGAAGCUAUCCCUUACCUUUUGGUAUUUGAAUUUUGUGACUUGGGUGACCUAAAAACAUAUCUUUGCAAUGAAGAGAACGUUAAAGGAGACUCUCAAGUAAUGUUCCUGCAGAGGAUGGCCUGUGAGAUUGCUGCUGGACUCACCACAAUGCAUAAGCAUAAUUUUGUGCACGGAGAUUUAGCCUUAAGGAAUUGCUUCCUUACAUCUGAUUUAAAUGUGAAAAUUGGAGAUUAUGGAAUCGGAUUCAGCAGAUACAAGGAAGAUUACAUUGAAACAGAUGAAAAGAAACUUGUGCCUCUUCGAUGGUCUGCACCAGAGCUGGUGACUAGCUUUCAGGACAGGCUCUUAACAGCUGAGCAAACAAAAUGCAGUAACGUCUGGUCACUGGGAGUGACACUAUGGGAACUUUUCAGCAAUGCUGCAAAGCCUUACUCUGAUUUAUCUGACGACGAGGUCUUGAUGCAGGUCAUAAAAGAAAAGGAGACAAAGCUCUUGGCACCAAGUCUUCAACAGCCGUAUUCCGAUAGAUGGUAUGAAGUCUUGCAGUUCUGCUGGUUGUCACCAGACAAGAGAGCAACGGCAGAUGAGGUGCAUAAGCUUCUAACGUAUCUCCGUAUGCAAAGUCAAAGGGAUACAGUGAUUGAUCCUGAACACUGGAAUGAUCUCAAGCCAAACACUUCGAACAGAGACUCCUCAAGUAAUUCUGCCUUCCCAAUCCUGGAUCCUUUCCCAGGGAGCAGGUUUGGCCAUGAGAUGGAGGAAGUCCUCACUGUAACUGAAACAAGUCGAGGGCUCAACUUUGAAUACAUCUGGGAGGCUGCCAAGCACGAUCACUUUGAAAGCCAGGCGGAUCCUGAUGAAAGGAUGAGUUAUACAAAUAUCUUCUUCCCCGUGGAGGUUUUUGAGAACACACUUAUGGAGCAGGGGCCUGGAGCUCAAGAUGAAAGUGGGCAGGAAAUUGCACUUUGUGUGCCUGGUGAACUUCCGGUGUUCAAUGCUCAUAAGCCCUCUGUUGGAAAUGAUUAUUACAUCCAAUUGGAAGAGAAGAGUGGGGGUAAUACUCUACACUUGGAUAGCCAGGCUGCUGUAUUGACAACAGAAGUGGACAGCCCCGAAGUUCUACGAGACAAAAACACUAAUUUCAUGGUUCUUAGGGAUUUUGCUGCUGAAUCAACUACAGAAGGGGAUUUUUUGUAUAACACCGAUCCUAAGGAAGGAUUCCAUCUUAAUGGCCCUGAAAGCCCUUUCCAAAAUACAUUUGGCGAUCUCAGCACAACUGAACAGUUCUCCAAUACCAGAAAUAGAUUUGAAUUAACUGAUAUAAAUGACAUCCAUGUGGCACUUGAAACAGUUUCUGACUCUGUUUUGGAGAAAUCUAAACGUGAUCACUCCAAGAACAUAAGUCCUAGAGUCACUUCAAAGCAUGAAAAUCUCUCCUUGUUUGGGGAUACUAUACAGCAGACUGAUCUUCAUGUGCUGACUUCAGAAGAGCUGACUGAUAAUUAUCUUUUUCUUCAAGAGAAACAUUUAUUAAAGGGGGCACUGGGUAACAAAGCUGCUAGUGAUGUUGAUGGUGAGAAUCUCAGAAGGGCAUUAGACAUCACAAAUACACUGGAGUCACUAAAUACAGAUCCUUUAGGAGUUGAAUGUAAUGUUACUGGAAAUACCCCUGUCCAUGAAGAUGAGCAUUUUGUUCAAAUAGGUACAGAUAAACACACACAUUUUUCUGCUGACUCCCUUGUGUCAAAUCAGACGCAUUCUAGCACACUUGUCAUAGAUAUGCAGCACACGUCCCCUUUAUCAAAAGUUGAAAAGCCUCUUUCUAACAUAGGAAUUGAUAAUAAUGCACCCUGCACUGUGGGAUUUGGAAAGGAUUGCCUCUCUGAAGCAGACUGUACUGAAACACAAUCCCUAAAAGCCAAAACCCAAAUGGAUGGGGUCAGUCCCUCUGGCAGCCCUUUGCUCCAUGCACAAGAGGCAGAAAGGCAGAGGAAAAACCAGGAACUUGAAAAUGACAAUAAUUGUUGGGGAGAGUUGGUCCAUGACUUGGAGAAUAAGCAGUUUGGAUUAGAACAAGAUGAUGCAUAUCCUCUGGAUCAAACGGAUGAAACUUUUGCUCAGAUCCAAAAACUUAACUCGGAGGGUCUCCUCAAAGACAUCCCUCUCUUGUCUGUCCUUCCUUCAGAUCGUACAAGUCAUGACAGUCUGCUGGAAGACAGUUUAUCAACUCCUCCUCAGAGCUCAGGGCAAUCUGUAGACACGCCAGACUCAUUAGAUUCUUUAGAUGUGAAUGAGGUCUUGGUCUCUUUAGCAGGUCAGAAACUUUUGCCACCGGACAAACCUGCCGAUAGCGGCUAUGAAACUGAAAAUUUGGAGUCACCUGAAUGGACCUCACAUCUGAUUGGCAGCAACUCUAGUGAAGUAACUGCUUUGUCCAGUGCAGAUGGCGAACAUCUUUUGCAUGAUAACCCCAUGAUAAUUGUGUCAUCUGAAGUAAAUGCUGACUUGGAUGCAGUAAAUAUCAUGGAUAGGCAUGAAGAGGUUUCUAAGACUGUUUUUAGUGGCAUUCAGAAUUCGUACAGAGAUUCAGCUUAUUUUUCUGACAACGAUUCAGAACUAGAUAAGAAAUCUGAGGUGAUCAAGACAUCCACAGAACCAAAAGUACUUCUAGAGACCAGUGCUAGCAGGAACUCUUUUGAAUUGGAAAAUAGUGUAAAUACUGGAAAUAGACCAAAUGAGGAUAGAAUAGUUGAUGAUUGGUGUUCUAAUAACUCAUGCUUACAGGUAGAAUUGGAUGAGAGGCUAGAGGGCCCUGGAAUUGAUGAAAGAAAGCAGAAAUAUUGCCAUAAAAAUAGUAAUACAACUGGACUGCUACCUGUGGUGGAGGUGGAGACUACUGCAGAUGAUGAAGUGGAAAUAUAUGAGGAGUCCCCCAUAAGUGUGUCUUGUAUAGGCACUAAUACAGCAGACUUUCUCCCUGAGAGAGACCUAAAGCUUACGCCAACAGAAAUCUUUGAAAAAGCCUUACUGGGUCACCUUGAAGGCCAUACGUUGAAAGAACCAGACGUUGAAGGGAAAUAUCUGGGUAAGCUUGAUGUUUCUGAAAUGCUCAGUCUGUCAAUGGAUGGUGACGACGCUGAUGAGGAAGAUGAAAAUAGUGAUGAUUCUGAGGACGACAUGAGAACGUUUCAUUUUCAUGGGCUCAGCUCCGACAGUGAUGAAGAAAUCAUGCAUCAGGUACCAGUGAUUCUCACUGACAACGAUGAUGGCAGAACUUUAAGGAGCUUGUUGAAACAUCCAAAGCAAAUGGAAGGAAACAGCCCUGCUGAAAGUGUUCAGAAGAACGAGAGGAAAGCGGUCACAUUCUUCGAUGAUGUCACUGUUUAUCUUUUUGAUCAGGAAACGCCAACCAAAGAGCUUGGAAACCAUACCACAGAAUCAAACCACUCAGACUCUAGUAAUGUUCCUGCUCCGGCUUCAGGCCUUGGCUACUUGAAUAAAUUUACAAAUUCUGAAAGCUCUACUGAUGAAGAAGGAGGGGGCUUUGAAUGGGAUGACGACUUCUCUUCCGCAGAGCCCUCUUUUAUAUCGAAAGCUGCAAAUAGCCUCAUUAGCUCCAAAUCCUCUCUUCAGACCUCAAAGUACUUCUCUCCUCCACCGCCGCCUCGAAGCCCCGAACAAAACUGGUCGCACCCCUUACCUUACUCCAGGUUCUCUAUCUCACCAGCAAACAUUGCAAGCUUUUCUCUCACUCACCUGACGGAUUCUGAUAUCGAACAGGGAGGGAGCAGCGAAGACGGAGAAAAAGAUUAAAUGGCUGAAACUUCUUUCAGUGUAUAGUCAUGCUUUUGGAGGACACUUCUGUUUUCUGCCUAAGAGCCAGUGCUUUUUAAAAAAGUUUUCCUUUGAAAAGAAAGCAAAUCUGCUGAUACCCGGUACUGACACGGUUGACAACUCAAUCAGGACCUGAACUUGAAGGUGGAUGUUGAUACUUUGCAAUGUAAAUGUUCCAUUUUCCUAUCCUUUUUUUUUGGGAAACGUGCAUUUUACAAUUCCUUUUAAACACUAUUUCUGUGCUUGCUCCCCCAUCUGCCCCUAAGUACUUGAAGUAUCCUCCAGGCAAUUUGUAACUAUGUAAAAUACUAUGUUCUGGUUUCUACAUAGGAUUGUAUCAUACUAUGCCCUUUUAUAUUUUGUGUAUUACUGUAUGAACGUGUACAAUUGUAUAUACCUAAGCAGCAGGUAGCUGUGUCUCUUGAAGUGGUCUGCUGAGGGCUGUGGUGUUGCAAGCCAUAUUUCAAAGACUUCACAUGUUGCUUAGCUGCGGAUGCACUAUUGGCUACUUCCCCCAGGUCCCCCUUGUUGUAUAAAGUCAUUCUUUGCUUUUUGAUCGAUGGAAGUUGUUGUUUUGGACCCAUUUAACCAUUUUGUUUCUUUAUACCAGUUUCGCAUUUCUGUGCGGUGCACUUGUUGGAAUGUACAGAACUUGUGUCUUCCUUUUAAAAAUAUACUUGUGAGAAGUUGAUGUGCUAAUCUUGUUUCUAAAGGGGGCAGUUCACUUGGAGAUAGAUCCCCAUUUUUCAGUGAAAUGGUCAAGGAGUUAGAGUUGAUUUAUCAAGUGGUGGCAGUCUGUAGGCGUAGGAAUCACUUUCAGGAGAAGUCUUGAAAGACACUGGAAUUCUAUGUUUCUGUAUGUAUGUGUGUUCAAGCAGUGAUCUUCGUUACUGAGUAACUUCUGAUCUCACUCACCUCAUCUUUAGGGAUUUGCCACCCUUUUUGUGAGGCAGUUCAACAGGGAAUGUGUUUGACCCAUGCAGUCAUUCUGGAUCUUUCUUUCAUGCGUCUCAAAAGAAACAUCUUGAUGAAGCAGGCCAUGGGACUACCUGGGUUUUGUGGUUCUCAGAAAUCAGCAUGCAACAAAACACUCCUCAAAAUUAAUUUGGAUCUUUGGAUCUUAUUUGUGCUUUGGAUACAAAUACUAACAUUUGUCAGCAUGGUCAGUGGGGGUGUUGACCUUCCUGUCUGGAGGUGAUGGGUAUUGCUGUCCAGCACAUCUGGGGUAGACCAGGCUGGGAAAGGCUAGCGGGUGAAAGUAGUGUGUGUCGAUACCCCCAGUUUGUUUCAGUUCAUCCUUAGAAAACAUUUGGAUCACUUUAUCUUAGUAAAAUGUGUACAUUCCACAUACUGGAGCCCAUGGUGAGCCAAAGUUCUGUUCUCCAGGACUUCCUUUGGAAAGUACAGCACUUGGACAAGCUAGUUUUUUGGACUUGAGUGGUUAGAAUUUUCCAGUUAGCAUGAAAAUGGCAUUUGGGUUGUUUAAAUUACAAAAAACACUUUGUUUUCAUGUCUAGGGAAGUGAAUUUCUGGAAUUUUUGAAAACACUCCUUUGCAGUGGGUUCCUGCCAGCUGUGCAAAGGCUUUAUAGUCUUCCAAGAUUAUGUUAGGACUCAAAUAUAUAUUAGACCAUCAUAUGAAAUACAAAUCUGUCCCUGUCUCAUUGGCAGGAGGGAAUGGCAAAGUCUAUGCUGCUGCCAGUGUAAACCAGAGAUGCUUUCCUAGUGGAUGAAAUGGUUGUGACACACACAUAACUGCUGAAGCUUUUAAAAAUACAAGCACUUUAACACUCUAAAGUUAAGCCUGCUCUGUCUGAGGAAGACAUCUUUUCAUAUUCACAAAUGCAGGCCAAUAGCUGACUUCUCGUAGAUUUUUUUUUCUUUUUGCACUAUAGUUGUGAGGAGCAGUUCUGUGUUUUUCCAAGACUGGGAAACAGUGCUUUUAAUGAAAGGCAGUGUUUCCUUUGGCCCGAUGUGCAAGAGGGAGUUUUCCCUAGCCAUUGCUGCUGCUGCCGCCUCAUAAGUGCUCUGGCCCACCUGUAUAUAUUUGCUAAGUAGGCAUUUGGCAGGUAGUUUUUUCUCCCCUGAAAAGGGAUGAAUUAUUAGGGAAAGCCUCUGGUUCAUUGUGAAGCUCUGUCUGUGUUCGUUGUCUGCCUGCAAAGGAUAAAGGGUUACUUGUGAAAAGGAGAUGGAUCUGACCGUAACCACUGAACAUUAAGUCCUUAUGGUCCAUUUCUGAGUCCUAGGACCAGGAAUUGCACAGUCGCUGAUCUCUGCUGCUACUCAUAUACAGAUGCUGCUUAAACCGUCCCAUUGCAGUAAAGCAACUGAAAGAGAUCCGUGGGAUCUGGCUUAAAUAUAGAAAUACUUAACUAGAGGGGAAAGACUCCAAGUAUCUGUCAAUGCAAUGCAAUUCCACUGCAGUUAAUUUGGCCCACUCUAGGUGCAUUUAGACUGCGCCUUCCAUUAUCUCAUGGCCAGUGAUGGGUGUUAUAGUCCUGCAGGUUUGGAGGACUCUAUGUUGAGAAAGGCGGUACCAUCUUUCUAGUGGGAAACCAAACAAAACAAGGAGGAUUUUUAAUUGCUAAAUUAUUUCCCAAGUUUCAUAUGUACAUGAGGGGGUAGGAAUUUCGUAUUCCUUGGAAAUAGGCUGAUUGUUUUUUAAAUCAUUGGUGAAGCAUUAAUGAGAACCAUUCAAGACUGCUUUUUAAUCAGUGUUUUAGAUUGUUUAGUGUGCAAUUGUGUGCGUGAAAGAGAUUAAGAGAGGGAAUGAAUUUAGAAAAUUAUAGGAGACAGAGAAACAGGCACUCCGCUUAAAUUUAAUGGGUGGCAAAAAUGGCUGUUUGGAUUGGAAAACAAAUUGGAAACAGCCUUAUAUGAAAUAGCCUUAAAAGAGGGUGUUAAAAUUAACAUUAGCUUUAAGUUGUAUUAACAAUUCCCUAAAAUGGUCACGUCUUUAGGGAGAAGUUGUAGAGGACAUGGAUACAAGAGAAAGUGGAUAUAUGAUGAGAGUGUUCGUUGCCACCAGCCUGGUUUUUGUUUUUAUUGUAUUUUAUUUUUAAAUGAAACUUGAAUGAAUUUAAAAUGUUUGGUUCUGUUUAAUGAAUUGUCUGAUCUUGCACAGCAGUAGGCAUAACCUAAUGGUAAGUGGUACUGAUUUAUGUGUAUAUAAGACGUUUGCGCUAUUUGUAAAUGAGGAAAUGUUUCUGACAGAAUCAUAGGGGAGCGGUAUUCCUAAUUUAAUGCAGGUAUGAAAUUUAUGGCAAUAUGUUAGUUCAUGAAAUUUCAGGUUGAACUUGUCUUUAAAUUAUGUACAUUUAAAAACUGUAAAAUUUCUACUGUAAAAUUUCACCUAGUGUGAUUCAAGACUGCUUGUAAUUUAAAGAACCUUAUUUAAUACUCAAAAUAAAAUAAAGGUAUAUAUUUAUAAA